GAUGGGGAGCAGGCAGUGAAGCUUUCCCUGCAGAGGAGCUUGGCAGGGUCGAGGUUUCUUUGCCAUACGACGGGGAUCUUGAGCUCACCCAUCCCCGUCCCCACAGCUCUGCAUCUCUCCCUGGCACCUGCAGCAGCACUUGGGAACCCCGGGCAAAGCGCUGGGAGCGCCGACACCGCCGGGACCAGACUCUGACGUCAGGCUGGAGAGGGGCAUGGCCACCGGCUGCCUCUUAGCAUUGAACCCUCUCCAGGACUGCAGCGAGACGACGAGCCCAGACAUCUCUGAGCUGCUGGAGAUGCACUUCUAAUGGAAAACACAUCACCAGGUGGGAAAAUGCAGAGAAUGUUCAAGAAAGCCUCAAAAAUAAGCCAGCAAACCUGGGCUCUUUUAUGGAAAAACAUUCUGCUGGUGUGGAGGAAGAAAACAGAAACUUUCCAGGAAUGGAUUACCUGUGCGGUUUUUCUCUUAAUAAUACAAAUAUCAUCAAUUAUGAUAGACCACUCAGUGCGGCAAGAAGUCCCUUAUAAAUUCCUUGGGCGAUUAGACGAUCCUGCCUUUAAUGCAACAGGAGUGACGCUGAUGUAUACACCUGUAACAAACACCACCAGGCAGAUAAUGAGCAAAGUGGCUUCAAACUCCGUGAUGACAGGUGUAUUAAUAGAAGAGGUGGAAAACGAGGAAAUCCUGGACACAAGAGAAAAUUUCAGUGAUGACAUUAUUGGUGUGGUUUUUAAGGAUGACUUCUCCUACCAUCUCAGAUUUCAGAUUUACAGUGUGGUGUCUCCGAAUGAAGCCUUUGAACACAUCGAUACCUGCAGCAAUUAUUCAUCAAAAUUCUGCAAGGUCCCUUUGUACUGGUAUGAGGGCUUCCUAUCGGUGCAGUCCAGCAUUGAUGCAGCAGUCAUAGAAAUGAAAACCAACCGUUCUGUCUGGGAAGAGAUGAAAUCAAUUAGCGGCGUGCGUCUGCAAUCCCCCUCCAUCAAGCCUGUCUACAAGUUGGAUUAUAUUUGGUUCAUCAUUUACGCCGUGCUGUGUUUCUCCCCAUAUAUGUACUUUCUCUCAGUGAAAGUUAUCAGGGAGAAAAAGAAGCUGAAGGUGCUGAUGAAAGCCAUGGGUUUGCAAGACCUCGCCUUCUGGUUGUCCUGGAGCCUCCUGUACACCAUUUAUAUUUCAAUCAUGGCCAGUCUGAUGACUGCGAUCACGAUUAACGGAGUCACCCUCGAUCGCAACUUUUUGGAAAUGUACUUCUUUUAUUUCUUUUAUGGCAUAGCAUCUAUUCACUUCUGUUUCAUGCUCAGCUCCUUGCUAAAGCAGCCUAAUAUUGCCAGUUUCGUGGGAUUUGUCCUUCACUUCAUCUUUGGAUUACUGGGCUUUAUGACAAUAUUUGAAAAAGUACCCCCAUCUUUGGAGUGGAUUUUUAACCUCUUCAGUCCUUUCACCUUUAUAGCUGGCAUCUCAAAGGUUAUAAAAUUAGAAAAAUAUGAACCAGAAUUGCACCCUCUCCUUAACCCAUGCAUCAUAUUGGCCCUAGACAGUGUUUUGUAUUUGCUGCUGGCCAUCUAUUUUGAUAAGGUUUUGCCUGGCAAGUACGGGGUGCCAUACCCUCCUGCCUUCUUCCUGAGGCCGUCGUACUGGCUGCAACGCGGGAGCCAGGGUGCGGGGCUGCGAGCUGGCAGCCACCAGCCUGUCCCCGGCUGUGACACCGAGCCGAUGCCACCAGGCUUCGAGGGGAAGGAUGCCAUCAGACUAAACAAUAUAAAAAAAGUAUACAAGAAGAAGGACAAGAAAACUGAAGCUUUAAGAGGUUUGUCCUUAAGCAUUUAUGAAGGCCAAAUCACUGCAUUACUUGGGCACAGUGGAUCUGGAAAAACAGCUCUCUUAAACCUGCUCAGUGGAUUUUCCAAGCCUUCAGCAGGUUCUGCAACGAUAUACAACUACAAGGUAUCUGAAGUGCAGGAUAUGGAAGGAAUUCAGGCAAUGGUUGGGAUUUGCCCGCAAUGUAAUUUGCAUUUUGAAACCUUAACGGUGAAGGAAAACUUGAGACUUUUUGCUCACAUCAAAGGGAUUCAGUGGAAGGAAACAGAGCAAGAGGUACAGAAAGUCUUGGUGCAGUUGGACCUCACUGGCCUUCAGGACAUCCACGCUGAUGCUCUGAGUGGGAGACAAAAAAGAAAACUGUCUCUUGCAAUUGCAAUUUUAGGGAAUCCCCAGGUGUUGCUUUUGGACGAGCCGACGGCCGGGUUGGACCCGUGCUCCCGGCACCACGUGUGGAGCCUCCUGAAGGAGCGGCAGCCCGGCCGUGUCAUCCUCUUCACCACCCAGUCCAUGGAUGAGGCCGACACACACGCUGAUCGGAAGGCUUUCCUCUCAAAUGGGAGAUUAGAGUGUGUUGGCUCAUCUCUGUACUUGAAGAGAAAAUGGGGAAUUGGCUAUCACUUAAGGAUGCGCAUAAAUGAUGCUUGUGACCCUGAGGUCGCAUCCUCCCUGGUCAGGCAGUACAUCCCCGAUGCCGUGUUCAAAGGACGGAGUGGGGAUGAGCUGUGUUACUUGCUACCUCUGGAAAACACUGACAGCUUCCCAGAUCUGUUCAACCACCUCGACAGCGGUUUCUUGCAGGGGGUUGUGAAUUACGAGGUCAGCAGGACAACCCUGGCAGAUGUUUUCCUGAAGCUGGAGGGCAAGGAAGCCAUUGAUCACAAAGCAGAUGGAGACCUGGAGGAGAGGGACCAGAGCCUUGAGGUGCAUCCCGAAGUGACAAGCCCCACCGCAAGUGGCAUGGCGCUCUGGAGGCAGCAAGUCUGCACUGUGAUGAGAAUUCGCUUCCUGAAACUAAAGCAUGAAGGAAAGCUUCUGAGGGCCUUAUUGCUGAUGUUUGGAGUGUUUAUCCUUCCGAUGCUUAUGCUUGUCAUUGGAUUUCACUUAUGGGACAGCUCCAGGAUCUCAGAGCUGACCGCCAGAUUCUAUUUUCAUCCCACUGGAGGCAAAAUUCAAAGCAAGUCGACAAAUCUUCUCAUCUUCAAUGAUACAGGAUCAGAAAUUGAGGAUUUCAUUGCUGCUUUGAAGUUUCAAAGCAUAAUGCCAGAAAUAGCUCUUGAGAAAAACAUCACAAGCCUGCAACUACAUAAUGGAGCUAUAAAAAUAUCCCUGGAAGGCAAGAGCUACCGAUACACGCUCAUGUGCGGCGCAGAGCCCAUCAACUGCUUCCCCGUGCUCGUGAACAUCCUCAGCAACUCCUUCCUCAGGCUCUUCAACUCCACUGCACGCAUCCGCAUCUGGAGCAACCCCUUAUCUUUUAGAAACAGCCCAGAAAUGAGGCGUGAUCUUUUUUUCAUCUCUCUCGGCCACAUGCUGAUUUUGGCUUCUGGUUUGCCUCCUCACUUUGCAGUGAGCAGCAUGGAGGAUUACAAGGUAAAGGCUCGUGCCCAGCUGCGGCUCGCAGGGCUCUUCCCCUCAGCGUACUGGUGCGGGCAAGCACUGGUGGAUGUCCCAUUCUUCUGGGCCCUGCUCUGCAUCAUGUUUGGCAUCAUACUGCUCUUCAGCCACUCCUGCCCCUUGCAUUCCAGCACCAUCCUGCCCAUGAUCGUUUGCACCACCGGUUAUGGAUUUUCUCUCAUCCUCCUCACCUAUUUAAUCGCCUUUAAGUGUCGCAAGGGUCGGAGCAAUCGCUACCUUUGGUCUUUCAUCUUCAUUCUGGUGAACUUCAUUCUCUUCAUGAUCAGUUACUCGGAUGAAUUUUACUGCAUCAUCUUCUCCACUUUGAUUCCUUUGUUUCCAUUGCUGGGCUCGCUGAGCUACUCAUUAAGGUUUCACAGUAUGAAUAUUCCUGAUCCGUUGAAUAACAUCUUCAUAGCUGUCUUUGCACCUUACAUCCAUUGCCUGAUUUUUGUGUUUCUCCUGCGCUAUUUGGAGAUGAAAUAUGGAGACACAGUUACAGGACAUGAUCCCAUCUUCAGGAUCCGGCGGCAGCGAGCCCUGGUGCAGCAGAACAAGGACCCUCCAGGGCAGGAGGCCCCCGAAGUGCAGGAAGAGAGGGAGAGGGUGAGGAGUGCCAUGGGCUCCCUGCAGCCCCAGGAGGCGGUUAUCGUUGUCAACAGUCUGCGCAAGGAGUACGAAGACAAGAAGGCCUGUUCCAUGUUUAAGAAAAAGAAGAAAGUUGCUGUCAGAAAUCUCUCUUUCAGUGUUAAAAAAGGAGAAGUACUAGGUCUGUUAGGACCCAAUGGAUCUGGAAAGAGCACUGUUAUGCACAUGAUUUCUGGAGACAUGGCAGUGACUGCUGGGGAGGUGCUGCUGCAGGGCUGCGAGGCCACUGCCCCCCCGGGGCAGGGAGGGCUGGGGCACUGCCCGCAGGAGGACGCGCUCUGGCCGGAGCUCUCCGUGCGCCAGCAUCUGGAGGCCCACGCUGCCGUGAGAGGGAUGAGGAAAGAGGAUGCAGCUGUUCUCAUCAGCCGCUUGGCAAAGGACCUGGAUCUCCAGAAGCAUCUAAACACCCCAGCUAGGAGGUUGCCUGCUGGAGAAGCCAGAAAGCUGUGUUUUGCACUGAGCAUCCUGGGGAACCCGACCGUAAUGCUGUGGGACGAGCCGUCUGUGGGCAUGGAUGUGAAAGGGCAGCGCUGUCUGUGGAAAACAAUGCAGACCGCAGUGAGAAGCAAGGCACGGGCAGCCAUCCUCAGCACGCGCUCCCUGGAGGAGGCAGCGCUGUGUGACCGGGUGGCCGUGCUGGUGGCAGGGCAGCUUCGGUACAUCGGUUCCCUUGAGGAGCUGAGAAGGAGGUUUGGCACAAGUUACCACCUGGAAGUCAAACUGAAGGACGCGGGGCAAAGCGACGCUAUCCACACCGAAAUUCUGCGCCUCUUCCCCCACGCAGCUCGGCAAGAAAGGAUUUAUUCUUUGCUCAGCUACAAGAUACCAAUGGAAGAUGCACUACCUCUGUCCCAGUCUUUCUCCAAGCUAGAAGCGGCUAAACAGAAUUUCAGGCUUGAGGAGUACAGCUUGUCUUUGCACACUUUGCAACAGGUAUUCCUGGACCUUACCAGCGACCUGGAGGAGCCCGACCUGGAGGCAGCACCCGAGGGGGCUGUGGAGAAGAGGCUGCUCCAGCCCUGAGCCCUUGCAGCCACAAAGGAAAGCUGUCAGCAUGCUCAGCCAGUGCUACGGGGGCUGUUGGGUCAGAUACAGCCCUGGGACUGGUUACCUGCUUCGCAUCACGUAGAGCUUAGCAGGUGCUCUGCAAAGAAAAGAAAAAAAUAUAUAUUUUAAUAAAUAAAGCCUUUAUCCUUUGACAAU